CGCGAAGUAUAUGGAUUGUUUGGAGAUCGAGAGGGAUCAAGUGACCCUGUGCAUCCUGCUGGGCGCUGGCCAGUAUGGACAGGUUUACAAGGGGAUCUACACCGACUGCUUCGGGACAAACAGGAUUAUCGCUGUUAAAGUGGAGAAAACUGAGGAAAACAAAGAGGUCGAAUGCAAUGAAGCAGAUGCUUUGAGGAUGUUGCGACAUGAUUUCAUAAUAAAUUUAAUUGGCGUAUGCAACGAUCGAUGCAAUACAAGUCCGAUGUUGAUGAUGGAAUUCGCCGAGUAUGGAGAAUUGGGUGAAUAUUUGCAGAUAAACCGUCCCUUCGUCGACACGGAAAUGCUGCUCUACUACAUGUGGCAGGUUUCCAGUGCUUUAACGUACAUCCAUUCUAAGGACUACGUGCACAGAGAUAUUGCAGUCAGGAACAUCCUGGUGAUGAACCCGAGACACGUUAAGUUGGCUGACUUCGGACUGGCCAGGAAACUGGAGAACAACAUCUACAUAGGAAAGUACUACAAGGUACCCAUACGUUGGAUGAGCCCAGAAAGCCUCAAAUUGAAUAGCUUCAGUACUGCAAGUGACAUCUGGAUGUUCGGUGUAUGCGUAUGGGAAAUGCUAAUGUACGGAGCGAAACCCUACAAUGGCAUGUCGAACAAUGAGGCUUUCGAUUGCAUAUUAAGAGGAAACUUGUUGCACACACCUGAGUUUUGUCCGGAGGGUUUGGAGGAAUUGAUCCUGAAUUGCUGGAACUAUUGUCCCACUCGACGGCCCGAUUCUCGAAAAAUUGAAAACCAAUUAUGCAAGAUAAUUAACGAACAUCUGAGCUCUGAAAUCGAUUCGGAAGAUGAGAUUACGCAGCCGAAACCGCCGAAAAUGUCCAUAAAAGAUAUUGCCAAUCAAGUGAUCAUAAACAACAGGAAUUCCAAAUUCAUCGAGGAAAACAUUUUUUCUAAUUACGAUAACACGGUUUGGCUUUCAUCGCCUUUGCAGAAUAAUUCUACCAACUCGUCUAAUAACUACGUUGAUCAAUACGAGUAUAUGGAUAUACGGUCAAACCAUGUGCUGGAUUACUCUUCGUAUGAUUAUGACAGCAGCAAUUACAAUGACAAUUUGAAUUCGUUACUGGCGCAGCAGUUGCGUUCGAGCGAGGAAGACGCAGAAUGGCUGAAACAGUGCGAGCAGAGUUUCUCGUUUGUGUGAAUUUAAUAUGGGACCAAUCGAUAUAAAGAUGAAACUCGGUGCCAACAAGUCUGUAUAUGUAUAUAUAUAUUUUUUAGUUAGUUUCCUCUACGUCCUUCUCCACUAUUAAUGCGAAUAAAUGGCAAGGAAAAUUUAAACCGAACUAGGCUUUAACCAAAACAGAAAAACACAGUUUGUUUUUCGGGUUUUUAAUUUAAUUAGCAAAA